GAAAAGCUGGAAAUCUGACGCGCUUCUGAUGCUGACUAAGGCGCUAUUUCCGCUCUCGACUUUUUUCCUUGUCGACAUCUUGGUUAACUACUCUCUACUUGCGAUACACUGAUACAAUAUCCAAUAUGGCGGCAACGGAAGGAAGGAAGCUAGAUAUCACGCCAGAGGAAUACAAAAAGAUUGAACAGUCGUUGAAAAAUGAUCAAUUUCGCAGCCUGUUUAUGGAUUACAUGAAGGAAAUUGCUGACCCCGAGAACCGCAAGUUGUAUGAAGCUGAAUUGACGCAAUUGGAAGCUGAACGAGGCAACAAUAUCCGCUUUGUGAAACCCACUGCAGGCUACGUCGUCAAAACGGCCUUUGCACAGGGUGGCGAAAAAGUGUUUAUAAAUAUCUGUACCUCUCCUGAAAUUGCGGAAGCCAAACCCAAUACCACAUCUGCCGUUCAAGGAGCCGGACAGAGUUGGUCUAUACCUUACAGCCUUGCGCCAUCUAGGGAGGACGUUGAUCAUGCUAAUAAAAAGUGUACGGUUUAUGACUGCGUCUUCCAUCCCGAGACGUAUGCAAAAGGCGUGCGAAAUCCAAAAUUUGACAAACUGCUCGUGUCGACGGCUAUAGAAGGCAUCGAACGGCAGUUUAAUGUCAAACUGGAAAAAAAGUAUAAAACACCAAAGAUGAAAUUCAAGGGCACCCCUUCUACCACCGUGAUCCGAACCGCCGACCCAACACUAACACCACAAUCUGAUACAACAACCCAAUUCCUUGAACAGCUCCAAUCUGGAGUGAAACCCACAUCGACCUCGAAACCUGCCACACCCUCCAAACCACUCAUUCAAGAACUUCCAGAAACAAGGAAACACGCAUCAGCGGCUCCUGCAGCCGAAGUCGUUCCAAAAUGCACCAUCAUUCAUCGAGGUAUUAAUAAUGACUAUCAGCGGUUCACAGAGGAACGGGAAAAACAAGUUGGAGCAAGACCGGAUGCGUUGGUGGUCAGGAUUGAGUUACCUGGCGUGUCUACGGCAGCCCAAGUUGAUCUCAAUACCCAUCUUCAAUCCAUCGACCUUGUCGUUCCUCAGAAAUAUAAACUCAACCUCCCGUUACCCUUCCCUGUCCACCAUGAUCAUGGUACCGCAAAGUUUGAUCGGACAAGGCAAGAACUAGUCGUAACACUACCUGUCGUACCACCUCCAAAGACAUCCUUGCCUGAAUCGGAUGCACCGUUUGAAGAGGAUGAAGUUGGACAAGUUCCGCCCUCUCCGACUUGUUCUGAGCAGUCCGAUGGAUGGAUUAGAGUAAAGUCUCCCGAGGAGCUUCGGAAGGUGGACCAAUGCGAUGGGGAAGCGAAGGGAGACGGACAAGAUGAUGAGGAUGCGCUGACUUUGCAGGGUGCAUCCAAAUCAGAGCAUUUGAGUGCGGGCGAACAUAGCAUCAUGGACGAGGAGGUCUGCGAUACACCAAAGGACGUAGAACAAGAGAAUGUGGAAAUAGAUGGGCAUACUGCCAUUAUUCCUGCGGUACAACCAAACGAAACGACUACUCCUCCCAUCUCGCUGGACGAAUCCAACGAUUCAUCAAAGAGCCAAAUUACCUCUCAAGUUGGCAACGACAUUAAACAGAAGGCUGUACAACCAGUGUCAGUCCAAUUUGUGAAUACGCUCAUAUAUGAUUUAGAUGAUUAAGUGUGGCCAUCUGGGCAUAAUUUAUACAAAAAAAAAAAAAGAAAACUAUAGUUUCUAAAAUAGUAAUAUAUAUAAUUUAUUUUUAUCUCC